AUUUAAAAAAAGUGCUUUCGUUUAGAUUGUAAUAAGUGUUAACGGAUUUGGAGGGAAACGGCUUACAGGAUACAAUUGGAAAAUCGCUUUAUUUUUGACUCUAUUUUACAAGUGAGGAACUUUUCUUAUGGUUCCACGUUACGACACUUAUUAAUACAACAUGUCACAAACUACUUUGACCAAGUUUUAUAAUACAAGAAAAAGACCAGCAGCCGACGAGAUAGUAAGUUCUAAAAACAAAGUACCUCACAUAGAUCGUAAAUUAGAGAUAAACAAGACCGCCACGCGAGUAAUUCACAAGGGGAAUUGUGAAGCAAUUAAAGCAAUAGUGAAAUCAGUUUCGGCCACAGACACUUCAAGCCAGCUUUCGAACUCACCCCAAGACAAUGGUGUCGAAGCUUCUACCAAUAAGGUUGGAGAAAAAGAGGGAAAUAAUACCGUCUUUUCGAAAAAGAAUAAUUCUGCAAAUGCGGCCAGAAAUAAUGCAAGCAAAGCAGACUUGGUUACUUCAGCUCGAAAAGAGUUAAGCUUGGGUGACAUAAGAAAAAAGUUGGCAAGUAGUUCUAGGUUAGCUGAACUGAAAGCAUCAGCAGACCGAAUAACCAAGGGAAUACAAGAACUGAAAGACAAAACAGUGACGAAGAACCUUAAAGAAUUUAGUUCAAUUGAUGUAGCUAUACCACAGAGCCCUUCAAAGAGAAAUCAAAUUCAAAAGGAUUUCUUAUCCCCAAAGAAAGAUGAUGUUAAUAUUUCAACACAAAGACCCCUUAUGUCCCCUAGAAAAGUUUUUGUUAGUCCAGUUAAGAGUCCAACAAAAGUGCCUGCCUACUUAAGACAUGCAUCUUUGCUUUCCUCAUCAUCUGGGCCUUUGCCUUUGCCGCAUCACUACAGGUUUCUUGCUGAGCACUUUCGUGGUAUGGAAACUGUUGUUGCUUUACUUUAUAACAGGAAUGAAACAAUAACAUUUGCUAAAUUAAAACCCUCCAUACAAGAAAUGUUGAAACGGACAUUCUCAGAGAAACACUUGGCUCAAAUUAAACAUUUAGUGCCAGAUUUCUAUAAUUUUGAAGUUCAAAAAGUAAAGAGCUUUAACUCUUCUUCUAAUAGAGAUGCUUAUGAAUUGGUUAUAUCACCCAAUUUUCCAACUGACAUUAAAGUUAUGAAUCCUAGUGUUUUGUUAGAGAGACGGAGAUACUUCUAUGACACAUUGCUCAAAGAGGUUAAGAAGCAUCACUCUCAAUAUUUGUCCACUCUCGAUCCUCCUAUUGAUAUUCCUGAUAAAAAUUUAGUCCGCUGGCAUCCAGAGUUUGAAAUUGAAAAAAUACCAGAAAUUGAGUGUGCUAAAUUGCCAGAAAUGCCAAAUGUUGAUAAGAUGUCAUCAGCACAGGAUGUGCUAGCUAAAGCAAGAGAUCUUUUUAAAUGUAACACAAAGAUGGGAAGAGCUUUGGAAAAGCUUGCACAAGCUAAAGCUAGGGGCCUUACCGAACAAGAAAAAGAAGUGACUGGCUUAAAAGACACAAAUCUUAGUACAACCCAAACCAGUCAACCAUCCACCAGCAAUGUUUCCCUCAUAAAUCCAGCAUUACGUAACUUACCAGCAUCUUUGCUUGAAAAGGUAAAAGCAAAACAAGCUGCAAAAGCUUUUGAAGCAAUGACAAGGUCAUCAGAAACUGAACAGAAAUAUGUGAUCUACACUCGCUUGCCUGACCUCGCCAGGACAUUGAGGAACAUAUUUGUUACAGAGAGAAAAAAUGUUCUGGCACUGAAUAUAAUUCUUUCUAAACUUGGUAGUAGCUUUAAAUCUCAUGUAUCAUCAACAGAUCUACAGCGGGAUAUAAAAAUUUUGACAGAAACUGUACCGAAGUGGGUGCAAUUGCAUGAGAUUAGAAAUACAACAUACUUAAAGUUGGACAAAAUAACUGACCUAAAGCUAGUUGUGGCUACGAUAGAAGCACAAGCUGCUAAAUACAAAAGAGACUAAUUUCAAGACUGAUCUUUUGUAAGCAGUUUUAGUACAAAUUGUAUUAAAAACCUAUUUAUAUUGUUUAAUUAUGUUCUUACAUAGAUAUUUACUUUGGUGUGUUAGUGUUAAUUAGUUAAGUCUACUUUUGACAUGAAAUCAUAGAUUUUCUUUUGACAUUUUUGGCUGUAUGAAUUUUCAAACUUCUCAAUGAUUUUUGACAUAGUUUUUCUAUUGAAAGUAUUCAACAUUAUCUAUAAUUCAAUUUCAACCAAAGCUGCUACUAUUUUAUAACUUUUUUUCGUUACUAACAUAAAUACUAAUUAUGAAAGUUUGAUUAAAUCUUUGAAGACGAAAUA